AUGAGUGCCAUUACUGAGCCCAAGGCGGCGGCGGGUAGCAUCCGGCCCUUCAAGAGACCGGCGGUCAACUUCGAGUCAGACAAGAGGCUGGACGGCCAUCUCCACUCGAUCCCUGAGCUCAUCGACUUCAACGCCACCCACAACCCCUCCCACCCGUUCUGCGUCCAGGCAAAGCCCACCGACCCCUUCGACACAGUCACCCAUGCCGAGUUCAAGGUCGCCGUAUCAAGAUGUGCGGCGUGGCUCAAGCAGAAUCUGCCACUGCGUCAGGCGUCUGGGGGGGACUCCGCGGCAACGAAGAUGGCGCCUGUGGCCCUGUUUAUGGAGAGCGAUGUCGGGUUGGUGAUCCACGAGUUCGCCCUCAUGAGCAUCGGCGUCCCUCCCCUCGUUCUCUCUGCGCGUCUUCCGCCGGCUGCCAUCAAUGCGCUGAUGGAGGCAACCUCGGCCGGCUCCUUCAUCGUGUCUCAACGCCUCAGCGAGCCUGCGAAGCCAGCACUGGCGGCUCUCGCAUCCAAGGGCAUCUCGACUCACAUCGCUAACCGCUACGACGCCUUCUACGAGCCGCACGCGGAUGCCUCCUCCGUGCCCGCCUUCGAGAGCCCCGAGGACAGAAACAGCGUCGUCCUGCUCCUCCACUCCUCCGGCACGACGGGAUUCCCGAAGCCCAUCCCCCUCACGCACCGCCAGCUGCUCUUCGCCCUCAACUGCCACGGCUUCGACACGGAGGAGCAGGCGCAGGGCCUCAACCUCUCGACCCUGCCCCUCUUCCACGGCUUCGGCCUCGUCGCCCCGGGCCUCUCCCUGUCGGCGGGCAAGCCGACGCUGUACCCCGUGAGCGACGGGAUCCCGAACGCCGUGUCCAUCAUCGAGCUCGUGAAGAAGACCAAGGCCAGGUCCAUGAUGACGGUGCCGUUCCUCCUCGACGCCAUCUGCGACCUCCCCGACGACGAGGGCAUCAAGGCGCUGGCGCACAUGGACUUCGUGGGCACCGGGGGCGCCGCGCUGGGCGCCGGCGUCGGCGACAGGCUGGCGGCGGGCGGCGUCAAGCUCCUCAACUUCUACGGGACCACCGAGGCGGGCCACCUGUCCCUGAUCUUCGCGCCCACGGACUCGUACGACUGGAAGUACUUCCGGCUCCGGAACGACAUGAAGUUCACGGUGGCCGAGCUCGAGCCCCGGGACGGCGAGAGGAGGUUCCGGCUCACCGUGUUCCCCUUUGGCGACGGCGAGGGCAUCGAGAUCGCCGACCAGCUCGUCCGGAACGAGCAGUAUCCCGAGACCGACUUCGCGGCUGUCGGCCGCGACGACGACGUCAUCGUGCUGGCGACGGGGGAGAAGGCCGACCCCCUGAUCCUCGAGACGAUGCUGAGCGAGGCGCCCGCGGUCAAGUCGGCCGUCGCGUUCGGCGAGAACCAGUUCAACCUCGGCGUCAUCGUCGAGCCGCGGGAGCCGCUGCUCGCGCCCGGGGACGAGGAGGCGUUCCGCGAGACGAUCUGGCCCAUCGUCACGGCGGCCGGGCAGAAGAUGGACGCCUCGGCGCGCGUCCCCUCGCCGGACGCCAUCAUCGUCGUGCCCGGCGGCAAGGUCGUCCCGCGGACCGACAAGGGGUCCAUCGCCCGCAAGGAGACGUACGCCCUGUUCGACGAGGAGAUCAAGGCCGUCUACGAGAGGCUGGUGCAGGCCGCCACCGAGAGCGUCGGGCCGCUGGACCUCGACAACCUCGAGGAGAACAUCAAGGCUCUUGUGCACGAGCACCUGCGGCUCCAGACGCCCAUCUCGGCGUGGGCCGUCGACGACAGCCUCUUCGACCUGGGCGUCGACUCCCUGCAGGCCCUCCAGCUGCGGAGAGUUCUCAUUGCCGCGGCGUCCAAGACGGAGGGUCUGAAGGACGUGGACGUGGCCAAGAUGAUCCCGUCCCAGUUCAUAUACCGCAACCCUUCGGUGCGGGAGAUGGCGGCCGCGAUUCUGCAACGGUCGAGCGGCGGCGGCGGCGAGACUGACUCGUCCGGAGACGCUGUCAAGGAGGUGAAGGAGCUCGUCGAUCAGUACAGCCUCGGCGGGGCCAGCACGGAGGAGGAGAAGCAACCCAGCAGCGCCGACCACGCCGUCGUUCUCUUGACGGGCAGCUCGGGGAGUCUCGGCUCCCACUGCGUCGCCGACCUCGCCCGGAGACCGCAGGUCAGGCGCAUCAUCUGCCUCAUCCGCAAGGAGAAGGGCGCCAACGCGCCGCCUCCCCCCGGCGGAGGACCGUUCGACCGCAGAACCCUCAAGGCGCGAGGGCUGGACCUCGCCGAGGAAGAGUGGUCCAAGAUCGCCACUCUCGAGGUCGAUCCCACCGCCGAGAGGCUGGGUCUGAUGCCCAUGGUCUACGCCGCCAUGCAGGAGAAGGUGACGCACGUCGUCCACGCCGCCUGGCCGAUGAACUACCUCAUCCCGCUGCGCUCGUUCCGGUACCAGCUCCAGUUCCUCCGGAGCCUGCUCGAGUUCGCCGCCCACGCGCCCGGCCGGACGAAGCGCCGGCUGGUCUUCGUCUCGUCCAUCGCCGCGGUCGCCAAGAUCGGGCUGGACAACCCCGGGUCGGCGAUCCCGGAGGCGCCCGUCUCCCCCGAGGAGGCCGCGUGCGGGAUCGGCUACGCCGACGGCAAGCUCGCGUGCGAGAAGAUUGUCGAGCGGGCGGCGGAGGCGUAUGCCGGCCAGCUCGAGGUCACCUCGGUCCGCUGCGGCCAGAUCACCGGCGCCAAGGGGACGGGUGUGUGGAACACCAACGAGCAGAUCCCGAUGCUGCUCAAGUCUGCUCAGAGCCUUGGUUCGUUGCCUCAGCUAUCCGGUGAACUUUCCUGGAUCCCUGUCGACGAUGCCGCAUCCGUCAUCUCGGAGAUCGCCUUCUCGCCCGAGCCACUCCCCAUCACGCUGCACCUGGAUAACCCGACACGUCAACCGUGGAGCGACCUGAUGGAGUCCUUCGGCAGGCAGCUGAACCUCAAGCCGUCCGUGCCGUUCCAGGAGUGGCUCGAGCAGGUUGCCGGCGCCGAGCAGGACGACGAGAAGCUUCCCGUCAAGAAGCUCUACGCAUUCUUCAAGCAUCUGUUCCAGCCCGUGGCCUGUGGAUCGGUGGUCCUGGACACAAGCGUCGCGAAGACGCGGUCCGGUACGCUGCGCGACCUGGGCGCUGUCGAUGAUGCCACCCUCCAUGCUUAUGUCAAGUAUUGGCUGGAUGUUGGAUACUUGAGCAGAUAG